AUGAAAAACGCUGCUCGCCAUUUAUUUAGUGGUAAACAAGCCUCAUCAACACUCUCUUUCUCUCGGUUUUUCAGAGGUGUAGUUUUUGGUGUUGAUACACUUGGUUCAGCCUCUAACCUCUCGCUCUGGAAAUCUUUGUCCAAUCAUCAUCAUACAAGGAACACUUCGGUACGCUCUUUCCAUUUAUCUUCCUUGUUGGCAAAAGAUGAAGUAACAACAAAAAGUCUUUCUUCUUCUAACGGACUGGGAGGAAAUGGAAGUGGUGCUGAGCACAACCAUGUAGAACAACCAACUGUUUCUGAUGAUCCCAACCAAAAAUCAAUCAGUGCAGCACCACAACCAACAGCUAAUAAUAACUCUCCCAUUCAAGUAGUGUCCACAAUAGUUCUCUCCUUCACUAAUUACGAUGAGUGGACAAAGGAAGAAGUUGCUUCUAUCCUUUGUAUGAAGAAAGGUGAAUGUGGAGCCUCAUUGACCGUUGAUGAUGUCAAACCUCUCGUUGACGCUGGUUUCAAAGGAAACUCUCUUGAUAACAUUGUUCAUAACAUCAAAGAGGUCGGAAGGCUAGCUGCUAUUUCUUUGUUACAAGACAAGUUCAAGGACAAGAAUGGGAUGAUUGAACUUCGCCUUUCUGAUACUUGUUCAAGCGUGGUAAAUUGGGUCAAUGAUGCCUUGAUGCCCAAACUUUUUGGUCUAUGGAAUGCAGAACAAACAAAGGCUGCAUUAUGCGAAUCCGAAUCAAAAGGAGGAGCCGGAUUAACCAUAGAACAAGUACAGCCUUUGUACGAUGCGAAAUUUGAUGGGAGAUCUCUUUCAAAGAUUGCCGAGGAUAUUAUUAAGAAGAGAAAUGAACAUUUUUCUAUUGAAAGAGAAAUUCAAUAUGCCACAAAUGUCAUAACAAGCAACAAGGACUUUGCUUUAGUACCAGAAUCCACUUGUAAAGCUGUUGCUGAAUGGGUUGUCGAGUUGAUAAGAGGUAAUUUUAUUGAGAUAUCAUCCGAAUUGCUUGAUCGUUGGAAGCAUCGGUUAGAAGGCGAAAUAUCUGAACAAUUAAGAAAGGAAAGAACAAAUCCCAAAUAUGAUUACCUCCGUAAUUUACAUGAUCCAACCAACAUGGAAAAACUGGAAAAACUAAUUGGUACAAAUAUUCAACUCCCUAUCUUUCAAGAGUAUGGCGAUUUAGUUCCAAAAAACUUUGAUCCAACAGCUAAAUAUCUUUUGACUCGUCAGCGGUUUGAUAUACUGAAAAAGGUUGUUGCUGGUGCAGAAGGAUUUGUUUUCUCAGGUCCUCAUGGAGUUUCAAAAUCAUAUACAUUAUAUCUCAUUGCUGCCUAUGCCUUUGUGAAUUCAAUUCCAGUACUCUAUGUUCCAACUUGUGGUUCUUGGAGGCGCCGUUACAUUAUUGGUAACAUUCCUGGUGCCAACAAGUAUUUGCUUGGAUUGUUUUUAUCAUUGAAUAGUGACAUUCUUUCUCGGGACGUUAUUUCAAAAUUGGAGGAAUCAGAUGAUAUUGUUUCAUAUUUGAGCAAAUAUGUUGCAGAAGAUCAACGAGUGUUCUAUUUGUUUGACGAACAUAAUGAGUUGUUCAGACUUGACAACGAUGGCAAGAUUUUUGCUAGUAAACCUUAUUUCCAAGACUUUACAAGAUGGACAGCCGCUACGAGAGGCAUACAUACAAUGACCAUAUAUUGUGGAAGUGCUCAUAGUUCUUUUGAAGAUCAUUUGCCUGGAGGAGAGAGUUUAAAAAUAGUUAGAAUUGUUCCUCCAACAGAAAAAGAAUUUAACACACUUAUUGAAGACUUUGAUUUAGAUCCAAAGGAGAAAAGAAUAGACUAUGUGACAGGAAGAAUUCCUAGAGAUUUGAGAAAAUUGGCCUCUUUUCUGCAAGGUAAAAAGGGUACGGAUGAAGAUUUUAAUCAAUUUAUCACUUUAACGAAGGACGAAUAUAGCCGUAGAUUGCGUGUAUUGGAUAAAAAGCUGGAUGAGGAGGAAAAGAAACUCUUUCUCCAAACACUAGAAGGUCUUUUUACUCUAGGUCUCUAUAAGGGAAGACCCACUGAUGUUGGAGGUAUUGUUUACGAUCAGGGUUUAAUGUACAAAGAUCACGAUGGAAAACUUUUUAUUGUAAAUGAGCCUGCCAAGCGAUGUUUGUUCCAAUAUUAUUGCAGCAAUAUUCCAAGACAUAUCAUACCUAAAAAUAUCUCAGGAUCAGAAAAGGGUGCUUUGUUUGAACGGUGUUUGAUCACCCAAGAAUACCAUAUUGGAAAUCAUUUUGCCAAAUUCUUUAUAACACACAUGAGCAAUUUGGAAUCACUUUCUGCAUCUCUAUCAUAUGAAAUUAAUACACACCAGAGCUUUAGUUUGAAAUAUAUAGAUAUUUUUAAUAAGAGAAAUUAUCCAAGAGGAACAGGAGUACUAUUUAUUCCAGAGUCUGAAAAUUUUCCCUGUUUUGAUUAUGCUAUUAUUAUGUAUGGUGAUGAAGUAGUAGAAAUAUUUUUAAAACAGACCACAAUUUCUACUAUUGACUCUCAUUAUUGCAAAGAUUUCAAAUGUUCAAAGACUGACCUUGAUAAUCUUAUAACCCAACAAUAUAUAAUUGAUGAAACAAAUAUAGCCAAAACCACGACAUUAGAGCUACCAAAGAAAUAUCUAUUUUCCUUGCUUGAAUUGAUUUUUCAUGCAAUUGUUGAUGAUGGAAAAAUUGAAAAGGUUAUGACAAAAAGAAAUGAUAAGGAUGUACAACUAUAUUUGAAACCUAAAAAACAUGAGUUACAGAUUGUCGAAGAUGGAAAUAUUUUAAAAUCAGUUACAUAUGGCGGUGUUCAAUUUACUUGGCACUAUAUUUACGAAUCAGGUACAACCUCCUCUGAACAAUCUGUGAAGAAAGUUAAAGAACAUGGCAUUCUUUACAGAAAUAGAGAAGAAAUUGAAAAUCAAAUGAAGGUGUUUUUUGAUUGA